UUUUAAUUUCCUUUUAUCUGAUCUCACAAGAAUACCCAAAAUGUCCCUCACCGCCGGGAUCACGCCCGUCGGAGCUUCUAACGUCGGACGGCCAUUUCCUAAAUUGGUCUCUCGGCCGCGGGAGAUAGUGGCCGUACGAUGUAGUCUCAACUAUGGCGUGGCUGCAAUCCUGACUAAGCUGCAGAAGGACUGUGCCACUCCUCUCCCAGUCUUGCGCCACGUGGCUGAUGCCAUGGCCGCCGAUAUGCGAGCCGGGAUUGCCGUCGACGGCGGCAGUGACCUGAAGAUGAUUCCCAGCUAUGUCGACACUCUACCAACUGGGAAUGAGAGAGGACUAUUUUAUGCAUUGGAUCUUGGUGGCACUAAUUUCCGGGUGUUGAGGCUGCAAUUGGGAGGGAAAGCAGAGGGCAUAAUCGCCACCAAGUUUGAGCAAGUGGCUAUACCACCGGAAUUGAUGUGUGGAACUUCCGAGGAGCUUUUUGAUUUCAUUGCCUCUGCACUGGCGAAAUUUGUAGAAGAGGGAGGAAAGUUCCAUUUGCCACUUAGAAGGGCGAGGGAAAUAGGAUUUGCGUUUUCCUUCCCCGUGAGGCAGACUUCUAUUAACUCCGGUGUUCUAAUCAAAUGGACUAAGGGUUUUGCUGUCUCUGGAACCGCGGGGAAAGAUGUGGUUGCUUGUUUAAAUGCAGCUAUGGAGAGGGUGGGAUUAGAUAUGCGCGUGUCUGCUCUGGUCAACGAUGCCGUGGCAACACUGGCUGCAGCGCGAUACUGGGAUGAAGAUGUCGUGGUUGCUGUUAUUCUUGGAACCGGAACCAAUGCUUGCUACGUUGAACGCGUGGAUGCUAUUCCUAAACUGUCAGAACUGACGUCAACAUCUGGGAUAAUGAUUGUGAGCACCGAGUGGGGAGCAUUUACGAGUUGCCUUCCUUUGACCGAGUUUGAUAGAGAAAUGGAUGCAGAGAGCAUUAAUCCUUGUGAGCAGAUAUUCGAGAAGACAAUUUCAGGCAUGUACCUUGGAGAAAUUGUUAGAAGGGUACUGGUCAAAAUGAGCGAGGUUGGCUUAUUCGGAGGCUCUCUCCCAGAGAAAUUAUUCAUGCCCUUUGCUCUCAGGUAUUUUCAUCGAGAGAAAUUAUUCAUGCCCUUUGCUCUCAGUACACCAGAUAUGUGUGCAAUGCAGCGGGAUACUUCCCGGGAUCUUGAAGGUGUUGGGUCAAUCCUCUAUGAUGUUCUUGGGGUGAAUUCUGAUUUGUGCGCGAGAAGGGUAACUGUGGAUGUUUGUGAGGCUAUUGCAAAACGCGGUGGACAACUGGCUGGCGCAGGAAUUGUCGGGAUUCUGCAGAAGAUGGAGGAGGAUUCUCGAGGUCUUAUAUUCGGGAAGAGGAGAGUAGUAGCGGUAGAUGGAGGCUUGUAUGAGCAUUAUCCACAGUACAGAAGCUACCUCCAAGAAGCUAUCGUCGAGCUUCUGGGUUCAGAAAUUUCGAGAAAUUUAGUCAUACAGCACUCAAAAGAUGGUUCUGGGAUUGGGGCUGCUCUCAUAGCUGCUGCAAACUGUAAGUAUGAACAUGACAGUUAAACCAUAAUUUUACUGCAAGAAAAGUUGUGAUUCUUGAAAUAGCUACACUUCUGCCAUGAAAGACUCAGUUUUUCUUAUUGUAUAAUGCAGUCUGAAAAUAAUGAACAAUUGGUUCCUCUGUGAUGAAUAAUGCAGUUUGUUCACAUGUAAAGAAGCUCACCCAUGUUCCA